AUGAUGAUGGAAGACGACCCUAGUGAAUUCAGUAAUGAAGAAGAAAAUAUGGAAGAUGAAGAUUUUUCACUUCAGAUUGCCAAUGAGAGCGACAUGGAAAAAUCUGAAGUAUCCGCAGAUGAAGAGGUAAAACCACAAAAGAAGCAAAAAUCCACAAAAAAGCGGAAAUCAUCAAGAAAGUCAAAGAAAUCCGAUAAAAAAGAAGUCAAGGUAACCAUCAAACUUGGAGAGAUGGACACUACUAUUGCAAGCAGCAGCAUUCCGAAAGUUGAAAGUGAACAUGAAAAUGAUGAAGAAGCUGCAGAGGAGCCGACAGAACAAAAGAAAAAAAGAAGAGCAAGAAAACCUAGGAACACAAUGGUUGUGGAUCCUAAUAUUCCUCCUGAUGCACAACUUCCUGUAAAAUUUGGAACGUCACAAGUCGUUUCACUUGGAAGAAUUGAAUACAAUAAUCCAAAUUACCACAACGACAGAUAUAUUUUCCCUAUUGGGUACAAAGCUGAAAAAAAUUACAUGUCGUACAAAACUCCAGGAGCUAAAGCGAUUUAUACAUGUGAAAUUUUGCAAGGAGAUGAUGCACCAAUUUUCAAGAUUACUCCAUCCGAUGACACAAUUUCAUACACUUCUUCCACACCAAGUGGUGCUUGGUCAGCAGUAAUUAAGACUGUACAAGAAUCUAAAAAUAAGAGCAUGAAAACAUGCACUGUAUCAGGUCCAGAAUAUUUUGGAUUAUCGAAUUCUAAAGUAAGACAUCUCAUUGAGCUACUUCCCGACGCUGAAAAAUGUACUCACUACAAGAGAAAGUUCGUAAAUCCAGAGGAAGAUAAUGAGCCUCAAUCUGCCAAGAAGAGAGGCCGCAAGAAAAAGGAAGAUAAAGCAGAAGAUUCUUCGACGACAAAACGAAAACGAUCAUCAAAAAAAGCACAAGAUGACUCUGAUGAAGAAAAUGACAAAGAGAAUGAAGAAUCAAAGACCAAAAAGAGGAAAUCAAACCCUGUUAAAUCUGAAGAAACAGAAAAUGAAGAAGACGAAGAAAGUGACGAAGAGCCAUCAGAUGUUUUAAUUUUUAAAGACCCUCUCUUUACUGACGAAGGCAUCCCAGAUGCUGUGUCCAAGAUUUAUAGAGAGGGGCUUCCAUUCCUUAGAAAGUAUCAACAUACGAACUAUACUGAUAACAUUACCUCCUUUAACGGACACAACGAGUUUAUUUAUUUAAAAUAUAACUGCUAUACGCAGAGUGAAGUUCAAGAAUUUGUCAAAGACUGUUCGAACGCUGUAAAGCAGGCCCAAAUGGAAUUACUUCCAGAAGAAACAUCUAGGAAAAAGGACGCAGAUAAGGAAAAAUUUCAAGUUGAGAAAUAUGAAAAAUCUGAAACAAGGUCUCCAAAAGAAAUUUUAAACAGCAUGUGGGAACUUGCUUAUGUUUUCACUUCAUUGGAGUACCUUAGGCCCGUCCUAAAAAUUGCUGAAUUUGACUAUGACGAAUUUGAGGACGCGUUGCUACAUCCAGAACUAUGUAAUGGUUUGAUGGCAGAUCUCAUCAUUAGGCUUAUUAAGGGCCCUGCACUGGACCGAAAAUCACAUGCGUUGCUAGAUCCUGCUUCCAUAAGGUGGAAAACAGUCCUGAAAAACAAGAUUGACUCUUUACAAUCAAAUUAUAGACUGUGGCAAGUGAGCCCGUUAUUACUCACCACAUACGACGAACUUUCUCCUCAAUGGAGGCUCAUUCUUCUCAAAGCCCUCAUGGAUUGGAAGUUUGAUACAAAUCAGAGAGUAAUUGACUAUUCAAGAAAUCACUAUGGUCUGAGCAUGCUAUUUGAACCCAUUUCAAAGGACGAAAAGGGUGUAAAGUAUUGGUACUUUGGUGACCACAUUGGAAGACUCUACGUUGAACAUCCUCCUUCUUCCAAAUCAAAUGGAUCUUGGAAACUCAAGUGCUCAAGUGUUGCAGAAUUUGAAAAGUUCUUGGAAGAACUAAAAUCCGAAACUGAGAAUUCUCCAUCCGAAACAAAAACAUCUCUUAUAGAGUAUAUCGAAACGGUAAUAAGAAAUUUGAAAAACAAUGAAGACACUAGAAGUAUUGAGCAAAAACGUGAGGAUAGAGAAAAUAUGUUAGUGAGACGAGCAAGAGAACGAGAAGAAGAGGAUAAAGAACUUCAAAAACAACAUGAACUCGAAACAAAAGCUCUUCUCGAAGAGAUUGAAUACGAGAAAGAAGAAGCUCCGUUGGCCGAUCAAAAUGCUGCUGAUGGUUCAGAAGCUAAUGACGUUCAUACAACUAAAUUAAGAAGUGGUAGAGCUGUUAAGAAUAUCAACUUUUCUGUAUUUGGUGAAGAAGAAGCAGAUGGAGAAGCAGCAGAUGAAAAGCGUAGCCUUAGGCCAAGAAGAAAGAAAUCUUACAAGGAGGCAGUUGAAGAUGAUGACAAACGAAACAAAGACGAUGAAGAAUUUGUUCUGGAUGAAAAUGACGAUGACGAUGAAGAAGAGUAUGAUAAUGAAGACGAUGAUGAAGACUUUAGUUCAGAAGAAGAGGAAGAGGAAUAUAUGGACAAAAAGAAAAGAACAGCUUCUAAACCCAAGGCUGGAGCUGCCUCUAGCUCUCAACCAAAUGUCCAACAACAGAAAAAACCAACACCUCAACAAAACAUGAGAAUGCAAUUUAACAAUGUUAGUGGAGUACAUCUUUCUGGAAUUGGAAUGAACAUGAUGCAACCAUCCGUGAACAAUCCAAUGGCACUCAAUGCUCAAAGAAAUGCCUUGACAGUCAAUCAAAAUGCUAAACGAGGACAGCCACAACAACCAACAAACACGCAUGUAUCCAAUCGACCGGUACCUCAAAACAAUGUAAAUAACAUGUUAAGAGCACAACAACUGAGCCAAAUUCAAAGACAACUCCAGAGUGGCGCAAUUACUCCACAACAAUUGUUGCAACUUCAACAAGGUCAACAAACAGGUUAUCGAAUGCCAAACCAGCUACCUCAACAACCACAACAACAACAACCACAGCAACUUCUUGGCCUUACACAACAACAAUUGGCCAUUUUGAUGAAACUACAAGAACAUCAACGAAAUGCAAGCUCAAUCCAAUCCUCUGCUCCUAACAAUCUUCCACAAGCAAACACUCCUACUGUUGGCAUGCCACAGGCGAACCCAUUUGUAAGCGCUUUACAACUUACCAAAAUGAUGGGUGAUAAUAAUGCUGCUGUUGGAAAUGGAAGUGCAUCGAUGCAACGGCCACCACAACAACAACCAGUCCAAGUUGUUCAACCAACAACCUCUCAACCCUUACCUCCACAACAUACUCAGCAGCAAAACUUGCUCUUACAACUUCUUCAACAGCGACAAGGUAUGAUCAACAAUCAACCAGGGAACUUGGCCAAUCUUCAGUCAUUGCUGUUGCAACAACAACGAGGGCAACAACAGUCAGCUACUAUGCCAGUCCAACCUCAACCUCCAAUGCCUGUUCAACCUGUACUACAACCAAUUCAACCAGUUGUACAGCCACAACAACAAGCUGCACAACAACCACAGCAAUCCCAACAAUCAGAUAAUCUGGACGAUUUGUUUUUCGGCGAAGAUUCAUUCACUUAA